UUGUGUGAAGGGAAGGCGCUGCUAAGAUGAGCCGCGCAGCUCAGAUCGCGUUAAUCGUUCAGUUUCACCGAUGACAGCGCGAAUAUCCUUACAGUGCAGUGGUUACGAACGCGUGGCCUAGCUGGGAGUCAGCAUGUCUUUCUUCGUAGACUCGGUGAUUAUGUUCACCUCUCAGGUGCUGUUUUUCGGGUUUGGCUGGCUCUUUUUUAUGCGGCAGUUGUUUAAAGACUAUGAGGUGCGUCAGUAUGUGGUGCAAGUGGUUUUCUCUGUCACGUUUGCAUUUUCCUGCACGAUGUUUGAACUCAUCAUCUUUGAAAUCCUCGGAGCAUUAAGUAGCACGUCCAGAUAUUUUCACUGGAAGCUGAAUUUAUAUGUUAUACUGCUGGUUCUAAUAUUUGUAGUGCCUUUCUACAUUGGCUACUUUGUGGUCAGUAACAUACGUUUGUUGCAGAGACAGAGGCUGCUCUUUGCCUGUGUGGUUUGGUUUACUUUCAUGUAUUUUUUCUGGAAACUUGGCGACCCUUUUCCCAUAUUGAGUCCAAAACAUGGCAUUCUGUCCAUUGAGCAGCUCAUCAGCCGAGUGGGGGUCAUCGGCGUGACCCUGAUGGCUCUGCUGUCUGGUUUUGGUGCUGUGAACUGCCCGUACACAUACAUGUCCUAUUUUCUCAGGAACGUGACUGACAGUGAUAUCCUGGCUUUGGAGAGACGACUGCUUCAGACCAUGGACAUGAUUGUCAGUAAGAAGAAGAGGAUCGCCAUGACGAGAAGGCAGAUGUACCAGCGAGGAGAGGACCAGAAUAAACAGGCUGGGAUCUGGGGGAUGAUCAAGAGUGUUACAUCUUCAACUUCAGGCAGUGAGAACCUGUCUCUGAUCCAGCAGGAGGUGGUUGCUCUAGAGGAGCUCAGUAGACAGCUUUUCCUGGAGACAGUGGACCUGCAGGCUACCAAGGAACGAAUAGAAUACUCAAAGACUUUUCAAGGAAAGUACUUUAACUUCUUGGGGUACUUUUUCUCCAUCUACUGUGUAUGGAAGAUAUUCAUGGCCACGAUCAACAUAGUCUUUGACCGUGUCGGCAAGACCGAUCCAGUGACGAGAGGAAUUGAAAUCACAGUUAACUACCUGGGAAUCCAGUUUGAUGUGAAGUUCUGGUCUCAGCACAUUUCCUUCAUCCUGGUGGGAAUCAUUAUCGUCACCUCCAUACGAGGCCUUUUAAUCACACUCACCAAGUUCUUCUACGCCAUCUCCAGCAGCAAGUCGUCUAAUGUGAUAGUGCUGGUCCUGGCCCAGAUCAUGGGGAUGUAUUUUGUGUCCUCUGUGUUGCUCAUGCGUAUGAGUAUGCCCCUGGAGUACCGCACCAUUGUCACAGAGGUCCUGGGAGAGCUGCAGUUUAACUUCUAUCAUCGCUGGUUUGACGUAAUAUUCCUCGUAAGCGCUCUCUCCAGCAUCCUCUUCCUCUACCUGGCACACAAGCAGGCCCCCGAGAAGCACAUGACCCUGUGACCCUCAUUCUUGUGUCUCCUUUCAAAACAACAUGUCUGUUUUCUAAGGGGCCUUUACUUUCACUGGGACUGAACUUCCUGAAUCAGGAAAAGCCUAGAGACUGCUGUUCACUGGGGUGUUGGUUCAAGAACUUUGAGGCUAUUUGUCUAGUUUGGAUCAAAUUGUGUUUACGUGGAUGGGACAAGAUGUUAUAGAAAUUAAGUACAGAUUUUCCUCAGUGUUCACUUUUAAGAAAUUUUAAAUGAUUCAUAAAUAUUAUUUUUUUCUCUUUGUUAUUUUGUCAUUUUUCAUUGGACUAGACAUCGCAGGAAGCCAUGUGAGAAACAUAAUUGGCUAUCAUCUUUACCACUGUUCACCUGCCUAUACGCUGUUAGCACAAUAUUGUACAUUAAAUCGCUAAGUGCAGUCAUAUAUGGACUUUAUUUAAUGAUAUGUCCUUGUCAAACAUUAGAAACAAUAAACACACCCCCAGCUGUCAGAACAGGAAAAAAAGAUUUCAGGAUGACAAAGAAUGAGACUGCAGAUUUUAUUAGCUAGUAUGUUUAUUUUUAUUACUCUGUGCAGAGACAGCUCACUCCUGAUUGCAUGAAUGGCAUCAAAUAUCUUACAGAAUCAUCACCUUUCACUUUUAUGUGAAACUGCCAUCAGAAAAAAAGAGGAAAAAAUAUAUAAUUUCAGGGAAACUGCUUGGAAAAGUGCAUCUUGUUUGCUUAAAAGGUUGGACAGUCCCAUCUUGGUAUGCCAGUGAUGGCAUCUCUCAUGAUCACUGCGGGUAAAUGGAGGAGACCCUCAGAUACUUGAAUAAAUAAUUUCUUAAUGA